AGCCACAUUGAGCUGAUGGAAGCAGUGUGAAGGAGCUACGCAAAGUGGACCCGAUUCCAUAGCAACAACAACAACAACAACAACAACAAUAGCAGCAGCAGCAGCAAUGGCAGCAGAGACGCGACAGAAGCUGCUGCGCACUGUCAAGAAGGAGGUGAAGCAGAUCAUGGAAGAGGCUGUCACCAGAAAGUUUGUACAUGAAGACAGCAGCCACAUUGUCUCAUUUUGUGCUGCUGUGGAGGCGUGCGUUCUCCAUGGGCUUAAGCGGCGAGCGGCGGGCUUCCUGCGUAGCAACAAGAUAGCAGCGCUCUUCAUGAAGGUGGGGAAGAGCUUUGCCCCGGCAGAGGAGCUGUGCAGGAAGGCUCAGGAGCUGGAACAGAUCAUGGAGAGCAAACGGAACCAAAGUUUGCCCAACCAGGAUAGCUUACGGAGACUGUCCAGGCUGCCCAGCCUCAGCCCGCAGGUGGUCAGAAACCUUUGGAUCCGCACGGCCCUCAUCGAGAAGGUGCUGGACAAGAUCGUGCUCUACCUCGUGGAGAACAGCAGUAAAUUCUACGAAAAAGAGGCCGUUCUGAUGGAUCCGGUGGACGGACCCAUUCUGGCCUCUUUGUUAGUGGGGCCCUGUGCCUUGGAGUACACAAAGAUGAAGACGGCGGACCACUUCUGGACAGACCCCUCGGCCGACGAGCUGGUCCAGAGACACCGCAUCCACAGUGGCCACUGCAGACAGGACUCCCCCACCAAGAGGCCUGCCCUCUGUAUCCAGAAGAGGCAUUCCAGUACCAGCAUGGAGGAACGGCCCUCACCUUCAGCCCGGGACUACGUGGAGUCACUGCAUCAGAGCAACAGAGCCACCCUGCUGUUUGGAAAGAACAACGUGCUGGUGCAGCCGAGGGAUGACAUGGAGGCUAUCCCAGGAUACCUCUCUCUCCACCAGACUGCUGACAUCAUGACACUGAAGUGGACGCCCAAUCAGCUGAUGAAUGGCGCUGUGGGAGACCUGGACUAUGAGCACAGUGUGUACUGGGACUACGCUAUGACCAUCCGUCUGGAGGAGAUUGUUUAUUUGCACUGUCAUCAGCAGGUGGACAGUGGGGGCACGGUGGUGCUGGUGAGCCAGGACGGCAUCCAGAGACCCCCGCUGCGCUUCCCCAGAGGGGGGCACUUGCUCCAGUUCCUCUCCUGCCUGGAGAACGGCCUCCUGCCCCACGGCCAGCUGGACCCUCCGCUCUGGUCCCAGAGGGGAAAGGGGAAGGUGUUCCCUAAACUGAGAAACAGGUGUUCACAGGGAUCCUCGGACUCUGUGUCUGAUAAGGAGGAGGACGAGGCCACGGACUAUGUCUUCCGCAUCCUGUUCCCCAACAGCCAAUCAGAAUUUGUGACUAUAACCCACCCUCCCCGUCUUCCCCCGGGGGCUCCUCUCCUGUCCCGCUCCUUCUCCCACUACCUGAGAGGACAGCCCCCAACCAAAGGGACCCUGGUGGUCCCUAAGCGCUCCUGCAGCUGUCCCGGAGAACUCACCACAGGGAACAGCUUGGCCCCAGAGCUGAUGGACCAGGAGGCCAACAUGUGGCAGCCCGCAACCAGGAAGUCCUCCUGCUCGUCCUGUACCCAGGGCAGCUUCUCAGACGGAGGGCCUCCUAAUGGGUGCAACCAUGAAAGAGCCCCUUUGAAGCUGCUGUGUGACCAAAUGAAGCAUCAGAUCAUCUCCCGGGCGUUCUAUGGCUGGCUGGCUUAUUGUCGUCACCUGUCCACCGUACGUACACACCUCUCGGCCCUGGUCAACCACACCAUCGUGGCGCCCGACACGCCCUGCGAUGCCUUCGGGGGCCUCACUGCCGAGGUGUGGCAGAGGUUCCUUCAGGACUGCACCGCCUAUAAGGAGCAGGAGCUGUUGCGCCUGGUCUACUUCGGUGGUGUUGACCCUUCGCUGCGUAAGGAGGUGUGGCCCUUCCUCCUGGGCCACUACCAGUUUGGCAUGUCUGAGGCUGACAGGAAAGAGGUGGAUGAGCAGGUGCGGGCGUGCUACGAGCAGACCAUGAGCGAGUGGCUGGGCUGCGAGGCCAUCGUGCGUCAGCGGGAGAAGGAGCAGCACGCAGCGGCGCUGGCUAAAUGCUCGUCCGUCUCGGCCAGUGUGGAUAAUCCAAGCACUGUGCAGAGGAUGAUGCACCGUGACUCGAGCGUCAGCAAUGAGUCCUCCCAGACCUGCAGCUCAGACAGACAGAGCCUGGCUCGCCUGCAGAGUGACUCCGACAGCAGUACCCAGGUGUUUGAGUCUGUGGAGGAGGUGGACCAGAUAGAGACGGAGCCCAAGAGCGAGGAGGCCAAGCCGGUUCCCAAGAUCCCCAAUGGAGGAGGCCUGCCCAACGUGACCAGCUCCCCAGACUCGGGGCACCCCUCCUCUCGCAACUUCUCUGUCACCUCGGGCAUGUCAGACCGCUCUCUGAGCACAGAGGACAGCACUGUGCCUGACACCAACCCCAAAACCACCAUCAGUGCUCCUCCACAGCUGGCCCCAGCCCAACAGAUCCCAGUCAAAGCCCAUCAGGAAGAGUCGGAGGCAGAUUACCCAAAUGCCCAACCCCUGGCCCUGCAGGAGGAGGACCUCCAGGCCAAGGACCCGCCAGAUAAGGAGGAAAAAGAGAAGGAAAAGAGUGUGACUAAAGUGGACCGAGAGACUGAGGGCACCGAGACAGAAGUGCCAGAGGUGGAAAUGGAAAUAAAUACAGAGACAGGGGAGGACAAGGCAGCAGACCCAGGUGAGCUAGAGAGCCUGAAAAUAGAGGAAAAGAAGACCUCCGUGACUCUAUCUAAUGAGAAAGAUGAGGUAAGGACCUCUGAAAAGGAGUUACCGAAAGCAGAAGUGGAUGCUGUGAAAGAAACAGUGGAGUCCAAAACAGAUGACUCCAAAACCAGGGAGGCUAAAGAGCCUGAGGCAGAAGUGAUGAAAAUGUUGGAUGGAGAGCCAACCAUGCAAGUACACACAGAGGAGAUGCAGUCACUGGAACCUGGGGAGUCAGGAGAAACAAGGGAGAACAAAGGACCAGAACCAGAGUCUGGAGAUCCAGAAGAGAAUAAGACAUCCCAAACAAACCAUAGAGAGCCAAAAAGGGAGAAUACAUUGAUAUCAACGGUGACUGCAGAAGCAACGGAGGACACGACAUCAGAACAGGAAGAUGAGCGAUUUUCAGAAACUGAGGCUGGAGAAACAAAGAGUGCUGAAACAACAGAAGUAAAGGAAACCGAUGAAACAACUAUUGAAAAGACAGAAACUGAGAAGGAAGUAGAAGCCAAUCAGACUUUGAAAUCUGAAGAGGUAGCCGAAACAAAGGUGUAUAAGACAGUGUCACUGGAAGAGGUUGCAGAGGCAAAAGUGGAGGAGAUAAAAAAGGCAGUGGGAAAAAGAGAGGAGGCCAUACUAUCUGAGGCCAAGCUGCCAGAGUCAGAGAAGAAUAAAAGCCCUGUUGCAGAGACCAGGGUGGCAAGAGCAAUGGAAGCACUGGGUAGCACCUCCAGGCACGAGGAGGCUCUGGCCACCACAGAAUCUGACGAGUCUCCUUCGGCCAUUGAGACGGAGGAGAUAUCCUCGGCUAAAAUCUCCAUGGCCCUACCAUGGGACAGGAAGGGCCUGUGUGAGAGCUCUGGGGUCGGGGCUGCUCUCUCUGAGGGCUCAGUUUACCAUCUGGAGCUCUGUUUGGAGAAGGGCAAGCCCAGCCCUGAGGGCACAGAGUCCAUCAUGUCUGAGGAGUCUGAGAUGGAGAGCCUCUUCCCCAAAUUUGACUUCCUGACUGUGGGAGGAGAGCUGAAAAUCUCUCCAGUGUCAUCCAUUGGAACCACAUACUCUCAGGAGCUUUUGGACAUGUACACGAUCAACCUGCACCGCAUUGAGAAGGAUGUCCAGCGAUGUGACAGAAACUACUGGUACUUUAGCCCUAACAACCUGGAGAAACUGCGCAACAUCAUGUGCAGCUAUAUCUGGCAGCACCUGGAAAUUGGCUAUGUGCAGGGCAUGUGUGACCUGCUGGCUCCCCUCCUUGUCAUUCUGGAUGAUGAGGCCAUGGCCUUUAGCUGUUUCACUGAGCUCAUGAAGCGGAUGAAUCAGAACUUCCCCCACGGCGGGGCCAUGGACACUCACUUUGCCAACAUGCGCUCUCUCAUCCAGAUACUGGAUUCGGAGAUCUUUGAGCUCAUGCACCAAAAUGGCGACUACACCCACUUCUACUUCUGCUACCGAUGGUUCCUUCUAGACUUCAAGCGUGAGCUGGUGUAUGACGAUGUGUUUGCGGUAUGGGAGACCAUCUGGGCAGCGAAGCACGCCUCUUCCGGCCACUUUGUCCUCUUCAUCGCACUGGCACUGGUGGAGGUCUACCGGGACAUCAUUCUGGAGAAUAACAUGGACUUCACCGACAUCAUUAAGUUUUUCAAUGAAAUGGCCGAGCAUCACAACAUCAAGCAGAUCCUGACCCUGGCCCGGGACCUGGUGUGCAAGGUGCAGACUCUCAUUGAGAACAAGUGAUCUCCAGGAGCCGUCCACUUCUCUUCUUUAUCCUCUUCCAGUUUCCACUUAAUCUGUGUCAAGGCAUCCUAGUCUGAACAGCUGCAACAGAACAGAUAGAUCAGGGUUGUGUUUAUUAAGGCACCAAAUGGAAGAAAUGGGACUGAAACAGGGAGGGACUACUUAGACUUUGUUUUCCGUCGCCAAAUGUUUUUUAAUGUUUUCCGUUGCGUGCCCUGAUGAACAUGACACAAAUGCACUCAGAUUAGGGGUCACCUCACACCCUAUUCUACACCACAGCCUUCUUCACAGGGUCACCACCACUGUUCACUACCUUCUCCUUAUCUAUGGUGGCAGGUGACCUAGUGGUUAAGAGCUGACUAGGUGAAGAAUCUGUCGAUGUGCCCUUGAACAAGGCCCUUAACCCUAAUUGCUCCUCUAGGUAACUCUGGAUAAGAGCGUCUGCUGAAUGACUAAAAUAUCAAAUGUAUGUGAUACCAGCCAGGGUAUACCAUGUAAUGCUAUACCAGUACUUUGUCAUUUCAGGUUUUGUCAUGGAACACCAAGUGAAUGAUUACUUUUACCUCCAGUUGUUCUGUCAGUGAAAUGGUUUGGUUUAUUUUGUAUUAAACUGUGACAAAUAUUUAGUCAUAGGAUUUGUAUGUGUUAUGCCUUGUAGACAUACUGUUGAUUGAAGUGGGGUUAGAAUAUUCGUACGCAGGGCUGGUUUUACAGACCUAGAUAAAAUUAUUUUACUAGAGAACUGAAUAUCAGUUAAACAUGAAUAUGGACUAUAGAUAGUCCUGGACUAUUUUAAGAUGUGAAAGUUACCAAGUGCAAUUCAGUACAGGAGUAGGCUUAACCUGGUCCAGUGAAAUGUCCAUAAUGUUGGAGUUUAAACUCAUUAACAGACUCCAUCUGGAGCAGUAGUUUACCUGAGUAAAUUAGGUGACAUGUAGGGUACCUACCAACCUGAUGUGCCAAAGGCCAAUGCAGGAAGCAAAUUAAAUCAGCUUAAAUGCUAUACUGUGUUGAAUAAGUAGACUACCUCACAAGUGACCCUGUCCCAAGUAAGUUGUUACUGCAUGUAGUUUGGUAGGUACUGUAGGUGUUACCUCACAAUCUAUUUUUGAAUUCCUUUAAAUUGAAAUUAAGUAAAACAAUUCAUUGGUUUGCUUAAAGCGGCAAUCAGCAGUUGAAACAAUAAUACACCCGUUUCGGUAAAAAGCUGAGGGAUGGGCUGGAGAAAUGUAAUCACUCUCAAAUUCAUAGACAGAGCUAUGGAUGGAAGUACUGAUCAUCCAUGAAAUCAACAUUAUAGUUUUAACCAUGUUUUGAGGCUAUAUAGUGUUUGUUUACAUUUACUU